AUGGCAUUCGCGAUUUAUCUCAUACGCAUUUUCCCCCAAAAAGCCUACAAGGGGUUGAAUAUUGGAAUACUGGUGUUCCUCCUCGUCCAAGGAAUCGUCGAAACUGUCGUGGCCCAGUUGAUGUGUAUUCCAAGGGUCAAGAUAUUCCUACCUGAAUCGCCUGGCCAUUGCCUGGAUACCAGCAAAUUUUACUAUGCUUCGGCCUUGGAUGACCUCGUGGGUGCAAUGCUUUGGUCCGAAGUCGAAGUUUCCGCCCUCAUCAUUUGCGUCUGCGUCCCGGAAAUUCACCUUCUCGUGCAGAGAAACUGGCCGUUGAAACUCCUGCGAAUUGCACCGCCGAGGUCCCUAAGAGGCUGUGAUGUUGGUGAGGAUGAGGUGUGCAGUGGAAACCCAGCCGGUCAGCUGCGCGGAAUCCUUGGACGAGUCAAUAUCAAGGGUCUUCGUGGGUCUUCGUAUGAGUCUCGGUCAGGUGCACCCUCGGGGGUUUCAAGGAGGGCUAGAUAUGGAGUGGUUAGUUUCGUGUCCGCCGGUUGGCGGUCAAAGCAUCAAAGAAACAUUAACGAUAUGACACGGAGGAGCGGACAGUCGCUAGUAGAUGACGACCAAGAGCCGGAACCAGCCAGCCCCGAACAUGGCGGUGUCCUUGUUACACACGAUAUUGAAAUCAGCAUCGAGACAGACGACGAUCCUAUGUCAGAAAUGGAUCUUGCUGAAGCAGAGAGGGCUCUCCGUGAGGACCAAAGCGAAACUGUUGAUAGCAGCGACCUUCACCGGGAUAGCCUGUGUACGGAAAAGACCGAUAAUGCAGGCGCAAGUGGCGGAGAGCAAGUUGCACUCGUGACAAGUGUGUAA